GAGUCAAUUGGGAUCAGUGGUAUGGUAUCUGUGAGACUUAGCAGUUGACUGAUUGUCCAAGAUGAGACCCCUAGUGAAGUUAUUCAUUGUGGUAUUAGUGGUUGUUCUAGUGGAUUCAGCAUCUAUUCUCAAAAAGGAGUCCUGUGUAAAUAAUCCUCUGAGCCCAGGAUGUGACGAUCGUAGGCAACAUCCAAGAUUGCCUGAAGAUGGCAUCAAAAUGGUAAAUGAGGACUUAACUCCUGAACAAACUCAAGAUUACUGGCUUGAUAUUGCCAAGUCUUUCGUAUCGGACCAAACCAAGAGGACCCUGAAUACCAAAACAGCAAAAAAUGUAAUUUUUUUCCUAGGAGAUGGUCUAGGAAUUACUACAAUUACAGCAGCUAGGAUGCUUCUUGGAGGUGAAGAGAAGAAGUUAUCUUUCGAAAAGUUCCCCUAUACUGGUUCUUCUAUGACCUACUGUGUGGACAAACAGGUAGCUGAUUCAGCGUGCACUGCUACGGCUUACCUAACUGGAGUCAAGGCAAACUACGGAACAACUGGAGUUAAUGCUAAGGUUCCUAGGUAUGAUUGCCUUGCUGGACAAGAUCGUUCCACCUUUACCACGUCCUUGGCUGAAUUGGCUCAGAGGAUGGGAAAAUCUACUGGUUUCGUAACCACAACUCGCGUAACCCAUGCUUCCCCAUCAGGUCUCUAUACUCACAUUGCAGAUCGUGACUGGGAAGAUGAUAGUGAAAUUGUGAAUGAGGGUUGCAAUCCCGAAGAUAUUGACGAUAUUGCUAAGCAAUUGAUAGAUGGGGAAGUAGGGAAGAAGUUCAAUGUGAUAAUGGGUGGUGGAAGAAGGCAUUUCCGUAAUAACACAGUCAUCGACGAGGAAGGAACUCGGGGUAGGCGUUUAGAUGGCAGGGACUUGGUACAAGACUGGUUAAGUGACACAUCCAAGACUAAUAGUAAAUACAUGUGGAAUAGGGAACAACUUCUAGCGUUGGAUACACAAGAAACUGAUCAUGUUCUUGGACUUUUUGAUCCGGCUCAUAUGCUGUACCAUUUGGAAGCCAAAGCCAAAGACAGGGAGGAUAUGGAGCCCACUUUACCGGAAAUGACACAGAAAGCUUUGGAAAUUGUUAAGAAAAAUCCAAAUGGUUUCUUUAUCUUUAUCGAGGGAGGAAAAAUCGACACAGCCCAUCAUGAUAAUUAUGUGAGAACAUCUUUGGAUGAAACUAUCGAGUUUCACAAGUCUAUAGCUUUAGCUAGGGAAAUGUUCAGUGAGGAAGAUACACUCAUCGUUGUAACUGCUGAUCACAGUCAUGCUGUUUCAAUGUCUGGAUACCCUAGUCGCAAGCACGAUAUCUUAGGAUAUAGUGGUAAUGCAAAUGAUGGAAAGCCCUACUAUACGAUGGGUUAUGCUAACGGUCCUGGUUACGAAAAACACGUAGUUCCCGGAGUUGGACGCGUCGAUCCUAGGACCCUUGACAUCAAUUCCUGGGACUUUGACUACGCCGUCACGGUUCCAAGGGAUUCAGAAACGCAUGGCGGAGAAGACGUUCCUGUCUACGCAUCUGGACCUUGGGCUCACUUGUUCACAGGCACUUACGAACAAAACGUCAUUCCGCACAUGAUCGCCUACGCUGCUGGUAUGAGCGGUGAUGGAUGGUUGACCAAAAGUAACACAGAAAGACAAGCCUAAUCUUAUUAAUCGGAAUGAAAGAUCAAAAUUAUUUAUUAAUAUCCAAUAGUUUCUGUACAUACUCUAAUAGACAUAUUGCUUGUUCAACUUUCAACAGACUUUAUUACCAAGAUAAAACAUGAUAUUUUAUUGCA